CUGGCCCGGCCACAGACACAGCUGGUUCCUGCCAGAGGAAGCCCCAACGGAGGCCGAGGCCUGGUGUCUACCGCUAUCACAACCCAGCAGCACUGUUUACCUUCCCCUGGGGAACCACCCCUUUCACACGGUGGGGACAGGACUCACACACAGACAUAUACACACACCGUGUUACAGAUGCACAGUCGCGGCUCACACGGGCGCCACUGCUCUGCUUUCCCCGUGUGGACUAGAGGAGGGUUCAGGCCAGUGCACUGCCCCACAGCCGGAACAACGAGGAAACGAGGAGCCACGAGGCUAGCUGACCUCCCCCUGCCACUCACACACACACACACUAUUACCUCACACACUCCUGUUGAGGGAGUCGGAGAAAGAGAAGGAGAGAUAGAGACUACUGGGUGGAGAGAAAGAGCAUCGGACACAGAUAAUUACACAAGUCUGAUGGCGCUGUGAUCCAUGUGAAGUGACGUGUCGUGGACGGGACAAAAGUAUGAAGUAAAGGAAGAGUCAUUUGAAGACUGUGUUAGCUGCAUAAAGUUAAAAGGAAGUUCCGUUUUUUUUUCUCUCUGUCUGGCAGCCAUGUGAUCUGGCGGUGCUGGGCUCAUGUUCUAAUCAUCAAAGCCAGAGGACUCACUCUGUGAUCUCCCCAGGCCUGGAUGAGUCAGUCAGUCAGUCAGUGGUCAGUCAGUCAGUCAGUCAGUCAGUCAGUCAGUCGGUCAGUACCCUGAGCACACAGGAGAAAGGACAUCAACCCUCCGGUCUACACACUGACCACAGAGAGAAAGAAAGAUAGACCUAUCAACUUGUGCGGUUUAGUGUGUCCCCUGACCAGUCAAGAGUUCUAAAACACACAGAGGACAGGACAACGUUGUGGAUUACUGCUGGGGGGAGGGGUGCAGAGCAUGGCUGCCGAGGUCCACCUGGAACGGCAGAGGAGGUCUGCCGCUCCUCCCAGGGUUCCCACGGUGAUGCUGACCAGUCACAGGGGGACGGUGUGCAGACGGAACCCUCACAGGCUGGAAUCUGGCAACCCCAACCUGGCAACCAGGAGCCACUGCACAGCCAACCAAGGUAGCACAGAACAGAAGGUUGGAACGAUGCCCGAUUCACCUGCUGAUGUCAAAACCCAGCCCAGGUUGACUCCGCCCACAAUGCCACCUCCACCCCCGGCCGUCAGCCAGGCACCCAAUCGCAACGCUUCAUUCACACCCACCACCAUGCUGAACGGGAGCAGUCACUCAAGUCACUCGCCCACGUCGCUCAACGGGGCGCCCUCUACACCCAACGGCUUCAGCAACGGCCCCGCCAUGUCGUCCACCGCCUCCCUGUCCAAUCAGCAGCUGCCGCCGGCCUGCGGCGCCCGCCAGCUCUGCAAGCUCAAGCGCUUCCUCACCACGCUGCAGCAGUUCGGCAACGACAUCUCGCCCGAGAUCGGAGAGCGGGUCCGCAGUCUGGUGCUGGGCCUGGUGAAUUCCACCCUGACCAUAGAAGAGUUCCACUCCAAACUCCAGGAGGCUACCAACUUCCCGCUGCGUCCCUUUGUCAUUCCGUUCCUCAAGGCGAACCUGCCCCUGCUUCAGAGGGAGCUCCUCCACUGUGCACGGAUGGCCAAGCAGACUCCCGCCCAGUAUCUGGCCCAGCAUGAGCAGCUGCUGCUGGAUGCCAACGCCAGCUCGCCCCUGGACUCCUCUGAGAUCAUGAUGGAGAUCAACGAGCAUGGCAAGAGGAGGACCCCCGACAGGACCAAAGACUCGGAGAGAGACGGGCACCAGCCGGAGCACCUGGCCAAGCGGCCCUGCACCAUCAGCCCCAGCCAGCGCUUCAGCCCCAGCACUGGCCUCACGCACCCCCCCAACGGCCUGUCUCACCCCAACCCUCCUCCCCCCCAACACUACCGUCUGGAGGACAUGGCUCUGGCCCACCACUACCGCGACGCCUACCGCCACACAGCAGAGCACCGCGAGGCUCGGGACAGGCACCGGCAGACAGCCGUGCAUGGAGCACGCCAGGAGGAAGUGAUCGAUCACCGCCUGACAGAUCGGGAGUGGGCCGAGGAGUGGAAGCACCUCGAUAAUCUGCUCAACUGCAUCAUGGACAUGGUGGAGAAGACACGGCGGUCUCUCACGGUGCUGCGGCGUUGCCAGGAAGCCGACCGCGAGGAGAUGAACCACUGGAUCCGGCGCUACAGCGACGUGGAAGAUAUGAAAAAAGGUGGGAGCAACGGCCAGCCACGCCCUCCUCCUCCUCCUCCUCUACCUCCUCACAACUCCUCCUCCAACACUCCUAACAACGUCGAGACACCGCAGCCCAUAGAGAUUCAUAGGGACUUCCUGCACAGACCUGCGUCUGGCUACCUACCUGAGGAGAUCUGGAGGAAAGCUGGUGCUACAAGUAUCCCACUCUCCCCAGCACUGAAGCAACUCCAAAACAAGCAGGAGGAGGCAGUGAACGAGGUGAAGAGGCAGGCCAUGUCGGAGCUACAGAAGGCUGUGUCGGACGCUGAGAGGAAGGCCCAUGAGAUGAUCUCCGCUGAGAGGUCCAAGAUGGAGAGGGCGCUGGCCGAGGCCAGAAAACAGGCCUCUGAGGAUGCACUGACCGUCAUCAACCAGCAGGAGGACUCCAGCGAAAGCUGCUGGAACUGUGGACGCAAGGCCAGUGAGACGUGCAGCGGCUGCAACACGGCACGCUACUGCGGCUCCUUCUGCCAGCACAAAGACUGGGAGAAACACCACCACGUCUGUGGCCAGGGUCUACAGGGCCUCCCCGGGGGCAGCAGUGUUCCUCUGGGCACCCCCUCCUCCAGCGCACCCCCUACACACUCAGAGAGCACCCCCCCUGGUCCACUCUCCCUGCCCGGCCAGACCAGCGGUGGUGGGGGAGGCAGUCUCUCCGGGAGUCCUAAGGAGGCUAGCUCCAGCAGUGCCUCACGCUCCACCACCCCAGCGACCCCUGCACUGCUGGACGCCACCUCUCGCUGACCCCGCCCUGCCACGCCCAGUCACUCCCACUGAUGCUACAGUACAGCUGCCAUCCAUCCUAAAUGAACAGAGGAAUCUCCAUCGAUCGCACUGCACCCUUUCCUUCUUUUGUACGGCAUCUGUAGUGGUCCAUGAAUACUGCACCGCCGACUACUUCUUAGCUACCCGAAGGCCACGUUUUCUCAACUCCUCAACCUCCCCCAAAAAUCGUUCUGACUGUCUCUCAGCCACACAGACUUUCUCUCUGUCAAACUCGAAACGAGUCAAGGGGUCCACUGUUGUGUUUAGCAUGUCUAGGGCUUAAUUUACUGAAUGCUCAAAAUAAAACAAUGCAGAAGCAGAACUUCCUAUCUAUUACAACAAACAAAAAAACACACCAGACUUGGUUAUUGAACUCUGACAAUGUCGUGUGAAGAUAAGCAUUGUUAUAUGCCAGACCAACACGUGGCCUCAGUAACAUAAGCCCAGUCAAUGCUGUGUAUGUCGGGGGCUUGCAUUGCAUGAGACUCGUUAUGGUACCACACUUAUUGUGAAGAAGAGAUAUCUGAAUUUAGCACUUGGAGAGGAUUUCCCUUUAACACAGCAGGAGUGGGAUGACUCUUAACCCCCAGCAUGUGCACUAACAGCCCAGACCUCUGAGAGAUGGAUAGAUAGAUGCGUCUAUAGAACAGGCUCCUCUGUGUACUGGGCCAUGGACAUGUCCUGGUUGAGGUCCCCUAUCUAAGAAGCCAGACACCAGUCCGGAAACCCCUGUUCUGAUGUAGGAGAGGGGAUAAGAUACACUCAUGGUGCGAUUUUGUUUCCCCCUCAGAAACUCUUCCAUAGUACGGCUAAUUAUUUAUCUAAUGAUUCAUUUUUGGGCUUUAAGGAAGACAAAGAAAAGUCCAAAUAUUCUAAACAAAUAAUAAUAAGAAAAAUAAUAAAAAAAUAAAAAAAGUGAACUACCUUGCUAGCGAGCCAAGAAAAUGACACCGGACUCACCUCUCUGUACCGAUGUGAACCCAAAUGAAUUCAAAGAAGGAAUUUUAAAAAAACAUGAUCCAAACCUUUUUAUUACACUGCCAAAGUUACUAAGAGACAAGGAGAAGCACUCAUCUUGUAACCAAACGCAAGCAACUUCACCUCCUCAGCAGCAAAGCUCUGGGAGAUAAAGCCUGUAGAGCAACAACAGGAGUCACACUAAAACUCUAUUUUGAGUGUACUGUAGCUGGCCUCUGUCAGCCUGAAAAUACCCACAGUGAUCCACAGAGAGAGAAAUCCAGAGCAAACAUUUGAAACGCCUGCAACAAUAGACAAUUGAAAUGGGAGGACGAACCCCUGAAUGUGACAGUGAUUUAUGUAAAUGGCAACGGAAUGGACAAAGAAGCAGCUACUUGGCCUCAAAAAGAAGAUGAAAGGCAUUGGAACUGCCAAAAAUAACCUCAAAAAAACUGAUAACCUGUCCAAGCAAGCAUUGUACAGUACGGACAAGACUUUUGUUCCUAAUUAUGUUUUUUUUUAAACCUCUAUCAAGAGGAUACAUUUCAGUGAGUCGUACCUUUUCACCCUCUUUUUCCAAAGCAUGACAAAACAGACUAACGAGCCUCAUAAGCGGUGUAGACUCAGUUCUCUUCUCUCUCUCUUUCUACCUCCCCCCCACUUUCCCGUAUGUUCCUCCCUAAAACUCUCUCGUUCCUCUGUCAACCCUACCCCCUUUGGACAUAACCUCUGAGCAGAUAUCUGGGAAGGGAUCAAACCUGCUUGUAGAUAUUCCUUUCUUUGUUUCUCGAUAAAAAAAAAAUGUGUCUCUGUC